AUGCAGCAGAAUAGAGAGGUAAUCAGAGUUUUUCUGGCCCCGCUUCCAGUCUCUGACCUGCAGGUCUCUGAAAUAACACCAUCUUCUUUAGAAUUAAACUGGAACUAUACUGAUGGUUGUGGUCCUGUUACAUACAUUGUCACAGGUGGUUCCUCGCCAAAAGAAGAACAGAUUGUUUCUGGAACAUCAGCAGUGAUAAGUAAUCUCCCCUGUGGGGAUGAGAUCACAUUUACAGUUGUCGCGGUAGCUGCUGAUGGAACAACAGAAGGAGAAGGAAAAGACCUUUCUGUCUUUACAAUCCCUCUUGCAGUCUCUGAUCUAUGGGCCUCUGAAAUAACACCAUCGUCUUUAGUAUUAAACUGGAACUAUACUGAUGGUUGUGGUCCUGUUACAUACAUCAUCACAGGUGGUUCCUUGCCAGCCAAAGGACAGUCUGUUUCUGGAACAUCAACAGUGAUAAGUGAUCUCCCCUGUGGGGAUGAGGUCACAUUUACAGUUGUCGCGGUAGCUGCUGAUGGAACAACAGAAGGCGAAGGAAAAGACCUUUCUGUCUUUACAAACCCUCUUGCAAUCUCUGAUCUAUGGGCCUCUGAAAUAACACCAUCGUCUGUAGUGUUAAACUGGAACUAUACUGAUGGUUGUGGUCCUGUUACAUACAUCGUCACAGGUGGUUCCUUGCCAGCCAAAGGACAGGUUGUUUCUGGAACAUCAACACUGAUAACAGAUCUCCCCUGUGGGGAUGAGGUCACAUUUACAGUUGUCGCGGUAGCUGCUGAUGGAACAACACAAGGAGAAGCUAAAGACUUUUCCGUCUUUACAACCCCGCUUCCAGUCUCUGACCUGCAGGUCUCAGAAAUAACACCAUCAUCUUUAGUAUUAAGCUGGAACUAUACUGAUAGUUGUGGUCCUGUUACAUACAUCAUCACAGGUGGUUCCUCACCAGCAGAAGAACAGAUUUUUUCUGGAACAUCAACAGUGAUAAGUGAUCUCCCCUGUGGGGAUGAGGUCACAUUUACAGUUGUCGCGGUAGCUGCUGAUGGAACAACAGAAGGAGAAGGAAAAGACCUUUCUGUCUUUACAAUAUCACUCAUACAUCUUUAUGUCUCAUUUUCCUUCACAGAACCUGCCACGGUCUCUAAUCUGCAUGCCACUGAAAUAACAACUACAUCAGUAGCAUUAAGCUGGACAGCUCCUGUUGGUUGUGAUGCUGUUACAUACAUUGUCACAGGUAGUUCCUUACCAAACGAAGGAUGGAAUGUUUCUGAGACGUCAACAUCUACAACUGGCUUCAAAUGUGGAGAACAGGUGUCAUUUACAGUUGUAGCAACAGCUGCUGAUGGAACCACUCAAGGAGCACCCCAAAGCAUUUCUCUCUUUACAAAACCUGCCACGGUCUCUAAUCUGCAUGCCACUGAAAUAACAACUACAUCAGUAGCAUUAAGCUGGACAGCUCCUGUUGGUUGUGAUGCUGUUACAUACAUUGUCACAGGUAGUUCCUUACCAAACGAAGGAUGGAAUGUUUCUGAGACGUCAACAUCUACAACUGGCUUCAAAUGUGGAGAACAGGUGUCAUUUACAGUUGUAGCAACAGCUGCUGAUGGAACCACUCAAGGAGCACCCCAAAGCAUUUCUCUCUUUACAAAACCUGCCACGGUCUCUAAUCUGCAUGCCACUGAAAUAACAACUACAUCAGUAGCAUUAAGCUGGACAGCUCCUGUUGGUUGUGAUGCUGUUACAUACAUUGUCACAGGUAGUUCCUUACCAAACGAAGGAUGGAAUGUUUCUGAGACGUCAACAUCUACAACUGGCUUCAAAUGUGGAGAACAGGUGUCAUUUACAGUUGUAGCAACAGCUGCUGAUGGAACCACUCAAGGAGCACCCCAAAGCAUUUCUCUCUUUACAAAACCUGCCACGGUCUCUAAUCUGCAUGCCACUGAAAUAACAACUACAUCAGUAGCAUUAAGCUGGACAGCUCCUGUUGGUUGUGAUGCUGUUACAUACAUUGUCACAGGUAGUUCCUUACCAAACGAAGGAUGGAAUGUUUCUGAGACGUCAACAUCUACAACUGGCUUCAAAUGUGGAGAACAGGUGUCAUUUACAGUUGUAGCAACAGCUGCUGAUGGAACCACUCAAGGAGCACCCCAAAGCAUUUCUCUCUUUACAAAACCUGCCACGGUCUCUAAUCUGCAUGCCACUGAAAUAACAACUACAUCAGUAGCAUUAAGCUGGACAGCUCCUGUUGGUUGUGAUGCUGUUACAUACAUUGUCACAGGUAGUUCCUUACCAAACGAAGGAUGGAAUGUUUCUGAGACGUCAACAUCUACAACUGGCUUCAAAUGUGGAGAACAGGUGUCAUUUACAGUUGUAGCAACAGCUGCUGAUGGAACCACUCAAGGAGCACCCCAAAGCAUUUCUCUCUUUACAAAACCUGCCACGGUCUCUAAUCUGCAUGCCACUGAAAUAACAACUACAUCAGUAGGAUUAAGCUGGACAGCUCCUGUUGGUUGUGAUGCUGUUACAUACAUUGUCACAGGUAGUUCCUUACCAAACGAAGGAUGGAAUGUUUCUGAGACGUCAACAUCUACAACUGGCUUCAAAUGUGGAGAACAGGUGUCAUUUACAGUUGUAGCAACAGCUGCUGAUGGAACCACUCAAGGAGCACCCCAAAGCAUUUCUCUCUUUACAAAACCUGCCACGGUCUCUAAUCUGCAUGCCACUGAAAUAACAACUACAUCAGUAGCAUUAAGCUGGACAGCUCCUGUUGGUUGUGAUGCUGUUACAUACAUUGUCACAGGUAGUUCCUUACCAAACGAAGGAUGGAAUGUUUCUGAGACGUCAACAUCUAUAACUGGCUUCAAAUGUGGAGAACAGGUGUCAUUUACAGUUGUAGCAACAGCUGCUGAUGGAACCACUCAAGGAGCACCCCAAAGCAUUUCUCUCUUUACAAUGAUGCCAGAGGAGCAGUGCUAUAUGGAUAUGCACAUCCUGGACUUUAAGUAUGAAUACAGAAAUGCAAAGGACUUGUUGUAA